AUGAGGUCUGAGCCCUUUGACACUAUGGCAUCCCCAUCCUCCCAGAGUGAUAGUGCCGACACAGAGAUUAGCAGCUCUGAGUCCAACUUCAGCCUCUCUGUGGGCUAUUUUCCCGCACAGGACACAAACUCCUGUGAGGAAACAGGCCCAGAAAGUGAUUUUAUCCAUUUCCUCCCCCCUAUCCAAGGAGCAUGGCUAACUGAAAGCACAGGGAGAUCUAAAGGAAGAUAUAGCCAAGUUCACACCAGCCCAGAACAAUUUUCCAAGCUUAGCAUUACCCUAGCAUGGGAUAUUGAUCUGGGCCCUGACCAAUCAGACUCAGUAUCUGACUGGGGUUUAAACAGAGAAAAUAAGUGGGCAGGCAUUAAGCGAGAAAAAAAACCACACCGGACUAUGGGAAAGCUGGACUAUUUUGUUCAAGAGCUGGAAACAGACACUGGGAAAGAAGACACUCUUAUUCCUGGGUCACUUCCAACAGAAGACUCCCAGAUCACCACGGUUUCCCCUCCAGAAACCACUAAAACCACCACUAUGUCCAUCCAAGAUGACAGUAUGUCUCCAGAUUCUCCAACUGUUCAAUCUCCAGAAGCUAGACAUCUGGUCCAACCAGUCAUGCCACAGGAGUGCCAGCUCAAGGAAACAAAAGAGAUGGAGACUUGUCAAUACAGUAAGGAAACACCAAACUACAAGAACAAGAGAAGCUCUGAGGAAUCUUCCUCACUCUCCACAGGAAAGAGGGAGUACCAGCCUCCUCCUUCCCCAGGUAUACAGUCGCUGUCCUGUUUAAACAUAGGCCGGCUUCUCCGGUGGUUAAGGGAGCAAGUCAUUUCCUCACUCUCAGGGAGGGAGCAGUCCCAAAACAAGACCACUGAGAGCACAAAACUGCUAUCCCAGAAAAGACAGCGUUCAUGCAGAGUCCAACCCGAGGACACUCCAAAAUCUAACUACCAAUAG